UUUAGUCAUUGGCCAACAUCUUCCCAUCGGUGUUCGGUUGCUAUUUUUAAAAAUUAUGGAAAGCAUUUCGCAGCAUCACAUUGAGUCCUUUAAUUUUGCAUGUGAGGAAGGCUUGAAUAAAUUAAUAGAAGAUAUCCCAGCUUUUGAUUUUCAACUACCAGAUUUAUCGAUAUGCACUUUCAAAAUUGAAGAUGCGAAUAUAAGCACACCUAUUUAUAAAAGUUUUACAAAAUCAAAUAAAAUUAUGCCCAGAGAUUGUAGGCAAAUGAGAUCUACUUAUGGUGCAGAGCUUAAGAUUAACAUAUCAUGGCAUAUUAAUGGCCUAUAUAAUGGUUCUCUUUCAAAAGUUAUUGGACUACUUCCUAUGAUGAUUAAGUCAAAUCAUUGUCAUCUUUCAAAAAUUCAUAAAGAAGAAGAAUUGAUAAAAUUGGAUGAGGAAUUUAGUGAAUUUGGUGGCUAUUUUAUUAUAAAUGGUAUUGAAAAAUUAAUCAGGCCUAUAUUGAUCCCAAGAAGGAAUUUUCCAAUCGCUCUUAUUAGGCCCACAUGGAAGAAAAAUGGGAUAUGUUACACUGAAUAUGGGCUCGUCUAUAAUUCUGUCAGAAAUGAACACACCUAUUCAAACAUGAUCAUGCAUUAUCUUAACAAUGGAAGCAUUGUGGUCAGCCUGUUUUUCCAGAAUCAAAAAUUCACCCUUCCACUUAUACCAAUUUUAAAAGCCCUCUCGAACAAAACGGAUAAACGGCUUUACACCGAAUUGGUAAAGGGUCAACCUAUUUAUGAAACAUCAGUAUCUUCCUCGGGUGAGAAAGAUAUCCACAAGUUUUACAAAAGUUGCGUUUUGAACAUGCUAAGAAAAUACAGUCUAACCCUACAUAAUUCCUCUACUAUUCCUACCUCUUUCAAGAACAAAUUAAAAUUUGAAGAAUUGAUGCCCCCAAGGACUAAAGAAAGGAAUGAAAGAGAUAAAGCCCUUAGUUUGAUAGGUUCCCAGUUUAGGAACAAAAUUUUGCCCGUAACCCCGAACCAAUUUAACAAGGUCAAUUUGCUUAAUCCGGUUAAUAUCAGGCGGCAUAUAAAAGCUAAAAAAAUUUUAGAUUCUAGAGAAAACAAGGAAAAUUUAGAAAGUGAUUUUGAUUUGAAUACCCUAGAUCCUGUCAGUAUGAAAGAUUUGGAAGACGAGAUAGUUGGGAAAUACUUGUUGGACAAUGCCCUUCUCCUAAAUUUCGAUUCGGACAUGGACAAAUUUUACAUGUUAAUAUACAUGACCCAAAAAAUUUUCUCCUUCGCCAAAAAUAAAUGCUGGCCCGAGCACGUUGAUGGACCUUCCAUGCAAGAAGUAUUGCUACCGGGUCAAGUAUUUCUCAUUCUUUUAAAGCAAAAGCUGAUGGAUUACAUAUUUAGGCUCAAGCAAAUUUUGCUCAAAAAGGUUGAAAAUAUUCAUCCCACCCUCUACGAUAAAAGGCUUUCCAAAAAAUGGGUCAAAGCGGAAACGCAGGAUGUCAAAACGGAAACGCUAGAUAUCAAAACCGAACCCGAUAAUAAAACAUUGAAUAUCAAGCCAGAACCCAAAAUCUUACAAAAAACUAACGGUAAUGCUUCCAUAUACCAAGAACUCAUAACUAACGAGUUUGUCUCGCAAUGCUUAAGCCUUGUCAGUCCGAUUACCAAAGGGAUGGAAUAUUUUUUCUCUACUGGCAAUUUGAUCUUUAAAGAAGCUACAUCCAUUCAACAGACAUCUGGUUACACCAUUAUAGCCGAAAAAAUAAACUACGCCCGUUACUUGAGCCACUUUCGCAGCGUCCACCGAGGUUCCCACAUGGCCAAAACUCGCAUCUCUUCGAUUCGUAAGCUUUCUCCCGACUCCUGGGGCUAUCUCUGUGCUGUGCAUACUCCAGAUGGAGCACCUUGUGGUCUGUUAAACCAUUUUACCUCGCUUUGCAAGGUAGUAAGCUCUCCUACUUAUUUCAAGUCAUCUCACUCAUCUCUUUUCGAUGAAAAUGAUAGGAAAAAAUAUGUCAAAUUCGAAAUCGAGCAUAGUAAUAAUUCUCCUCACAAUGAUUCUCGGGAACAAGGUGCCACAUCACCUAUUUUGACUUACGAAGAGUUCGACUCUCGCUGUACCAUCGCGGUGAAAAACGUUAUGUUUGUCAAAAGAGAAAAGAAGGAAAAGGAUUUCUCACCAUUUCCCUUCUCUACCGGUAAAUGCAAGACACCCGAAGAUUCCUUGGGUCCCGAAUAUCAUUACCCACUGUUCCUAAACGGAAGAAUGAUGGGAUGGGUGCCGGAACAGCUGGCUUCUUGUUUGGAAGAACGUUUGAGAUAUUCGAAAAGCAUGUCUACCGAUACAUUCGAUACAAAUUUAUGUGGGGAAUCAAAUGAUAGUGUUAAAAAACAACAUCAUCAAAGCCUUAUAGAAUUACCGCCCAACUUAGAGAUAGUCUUCAUCCCGAACCUUGAAAUAAACGGACAAUACCCGGGGUUUUUCCUCUUCUCCACUUUUUCGCGUAUGGUGAGGCCGAUCAAAAAUUUGCGAACCCUAAGAAUGGAGUACAUCGGGUCUUUUGAACAAAUUUACUUGCAUAUCGCUAUCCAGGAUUCCGAGAUUAAAGAGGAAACACGUCACCAGGAACUUUGCCAAACUGCCUUCUUGAGCAUAACGGCAAAUCUCAUUCCUUUCUCCGAUUUUAAUCAAAGUCCCAGAAACAUGUAUCAAUGUCAAAUGUGUAAACAAACCAUGGGGACAACCCAUUAUACCCUGCCUUUCAGGGCCGAAAAUAAGUCUUACAGACUUCAGACGCCCCAAGCUCCACUGGUUAAACCUAUAAAAGCUCACUCUAUACAUCAUAUCGAUGAUUACCCGUCUGGGACCAACGCGAUUGUCGCUGUUCUUGCAUAUACCGGUUAUGAUAUGGAGGACGCCAUGGUUAUAAAUAAGCAUAGCGAGGAACGAGGUUUUGCCCAUGGCUACACUUAUAAAACGGACAUUUUAAACGUUUCCGACAUUGUAACGGAUACCUUAAUGAGUGUUAAAGAAUCAAGAGAAUCGGCUGACAUGACCACCGGAUCCUUGGCACAUGAAGAAACCCUGCAUAUCAAGGCUAAGCAUAAGGAAUGUUUGUACAGUUUCGGCUUCGACCCACAUAAUUGCAUCAAUUAUAGUGCCUCCAAGGAAUCUAAUAUCGAUAUGUCAUUUCCUAUAGACCCCGACGGCCUACCUUACAUAGGGGCUAUUAUUAGUGAGGGAACACCCUAUUACAGCUAUAUUAACACUUUGACGGGUAAAUGCAAGGUAAUCAGACACAAAGGUUCCGAAACCUUUACAGUCGAUAGGGUAUAUAUUAUGGGACAAAAAGCCGAAUUCUCUAACAAAGAUGGCGGUGAGAUAAUGGAUAGUGGGGGCAUCAAAAAGGCUCUAAUAUAUAUUAGGAUCAGGAGAAAUCCCAGUAUAGGUGACAAAUUCGCCUCCCGCCAGGGCCAAAAGGGUAUCUGCAGCUUCAAAAUUCGCCACGAAAAUUUGCCCUUUACGGAAAGCGGUAUAGUGCCUGAUAUUAUAUUCAACCCUCACGGGUUCCCUUCUAGAAUGACCAUAGGCAUGAUAAUUGAAUGCAUGGCCGGGAAAUCGGCUUCCCUAAACGGGGAAAUAUAUGACGCGACUCCAUUCACUUUUAACGAAAAAAGACAAGCUUCCCACCAUUUUAGCCAGCUUCUAAGCGAAGCUGGCUACGACUAUUAUGGAACGGAACUAAUGUAUUCCGGUGUAGAAGGAAGAAUGCUAGAGGUCGAUAUUUUUAUGGGAAUCAUUUACUAUCAAAGAUUGCGACAUAUGGUGGCCGAUAAAUAUCAGGUUAGGACCACGGGCCCGGUUGAUUCCCUAACUCAUCAACCUUUGAAAGGCCGUAAAAGAGGUGGGGGUAUAAGGUGUGGGGAAAUGGAAAGAGACGCUUUGAUAUCCCACGGAACAACUUUCUUGCUUCAAGAUAGACUCCUCAAUUGCUCCGAUAUUUGCACUGUUCCAAUAUGUCCUAAUUGCAAGAGUCUCAUUACUACCAGCUUGGAACUUUCUACUCAGCAGAGGAGGGAACUCAUCAACAACAACUCAUCAAUCAAAAGGAAGAAGUCUUUCCUAGACUCCGGAAACGAUUUCAACAAACCAGCCACUCUCAAAUGCAAAAUAUGUCAAGCUAAACCCGUGAUGGUCAAAAUACCUUACGUGUUAAAGUAUCUGACAUACGAAUUAAUGGCGCUUAAUUUGAAAUUGGAGAUAGAACUCAAGGAUAUAUGUUGAAAACUUCUUAUUUUAUAUAUAAUAUAGAGAUAUUUUUUGUUAUUAUAUA